AUGGAAUUAAGAAAACGAUCAUUGAACAAAGAUGAUCAAAGUUUUCCUCCAAAAUCCCCGUUAAAAAAACUUAAAAAAGACUUCUCACAACAACAGAGUCAUAUUGAAGACUUAUGCGGUGAAAUUUGGUUUGAAAUCUUCAUAUAUUUCGAUGGUUAUUCAUUAAUUCAUUCGUUUUCGAAUUUAAAUUCUUCAAUUGACUCUCUAUUGAGUGAUUACCGUCUUCCAAUACAUUACAAUGUCUUUAAUUCGAAUUUUCAUCUUCCAACUCCAUUGAAUUACAAUCAAAUUGUAUCUCUUCACAUCGAUUAUUCUUCGAUCAACAAAAAUUAUUUAAUUGAUUUGAAUUUAUUUGUUCGUCUUCGUUCGCUUAGUUUGUUUUAUAUCAAUGAAGAACAAUUGGUAAAAUUAACUGAAAAUCCGUUAACGAAUCUUUGCCAAAUCUCAGUUCGAUCUAAGUUAACGAAAUUUCUUCUCAAGUUCAUUUUAAUUUAUUUUCCUCAAGUGAAACGAGUGAAAUUGAAUUCAAUGGGAAAAGAAUAUCUUCUCAAAUCAUUUCCUCACAAUCCAAUUCCGAAUACAAUCGAAUAUUUAACUCUUCAAGGAAGAAUUAAACUCGCCAAACUUUUUCGUCUUUGGCCUCAUGUUCCAAAUCUUCAUUCAUUUUCUAUGCUUGAUGAAGGCAUUCAUCAAUGUGAUUAUUGGAUCGAUGAAAAACUCAUUUCUCGACAAAAUUUUCCUCAAAAUUUAUCGAUUUUGCAUUUGACAAUCGGUGAUGAUGAUUUGAGUUUUUGCAAUUUCGAACGUUUGAUUCCGAAGACAACUCGUUAUUUGACUGUGAGUGGUUCAAUAGCAGAUGAUGAUUUUGCUGAAUAUUUAUCGUCAAACAAUUGGAUUCGAUUAAUGUCGAAUUGUUCAUCGGGACUUCAACGUAUUAAACUUGAUUUAACGUCUUAUUUUGAUCCAAAUGAUUCAUCCGGUUUACAAAAAACUUUAUUAAAAUUUCGAAAAAAUCCGUUUUUCCGUCACACAACGAUUCAGAGUAAAAACUUUUUUCUAACUCUUAAGGGAUUUCUCAUUAUGGAAGGAAAUACUAUCGAGACUAAGUCAAAUUCAUCAGAACAUGAAACUAAACAAUUGAAACGUCCGAAUGGAAAUAAAUCUGAUUUGAAUGGAACAAAUAAACGAAUACGAUUAGAAAAUAUGGUUUUUUAUGAUAGAAAACGUCAUCCUGCUGCUUUACUUCAUGAACUCCAUCCAGAAAUCUCAUUUGAUAAAUAUGUUUUCGAACAAGAAGAAACUCCAACGAAACGACCGCGUUUUCGUUGUCUAUUAACUAUCGACACCGAUGUUUCUGACCCAAUUCGCAUCAUUGGUUUUGGUAAAUCAAAACAAUCAGCUAAAAACAUGGCUGCACAGCGCGCUUUAAUCCAAUUAUAUCCUACUUAUCGUCCACCAGCAGAAGAAAUUCUCACUGAAGAUGUUGAUAUUCAUCAACAGAAACGAUUUGUUACAACCAAUCCAUUAUCAUUAGAAAAUGAUCCAACAAUUUUACUUGAUUGUAUUCGUAAACAUUUAACAGUGAAAUCAAUUGCCAUCAAGACUCCUAUACAAUUAUUUCAUGAAUUAUUUAUUAAUAAUUCACGUUUAAAUUCUUCAACAACGAUGGAUCAAGAGUUUUGGAGUGUUAAUUCAUCAAAAAGUGUUGCACAAAAUGACGCAUGUCAAUUAGCUAUCGAAUCAAUUUGCAAUAUUUCUUUUCGUCAAGCAAAAGAUGAAUUUAUUCGUGCAUUUCGAUCAUUGAAUAAAAUUACAUUACCAACGGAAAUUCCGAUGGAUACGACGAAUAAUAAUCUUAUUGAAGAAGGAUUAUCAAGUACAACAGAACUUGCAGAUCUUCCGGAUGUUUCAUCAUCGUUUUCACAACCACCUGAUGAAAAUUAA